UUGUCGCUUCUUACUAAAAUUCUUAGCGCUUCUUUACAGGUGGCAGCCAGUACUUAGACCUAAUUCGCUUAAUCGCUUCUCGCCUUCCGUGAUACACAUGCAUUGAACUAUGUAGUAGCGCCCUGCAGCGGCACUUAAUAUCAACAGAGUAGUUCCUGCCUCAUUCCACGCCUCUGUCUUCGAAAUGCUCUUCGCAAAUGUGAAAAUCCACAUUAGUUCCACUAAGCUGCUCCUCUUCACUAUCUUCGGUCAGACUGUGAUCUUAGGUUUUGCAUGGGGCUUCACCGGAGGACUCUUGUUCGAAGACGUUUUGGCGUUGCCUGAUCGUAUAGUUCAUCUAAUCGUAGAGUAUCCGACCGUGUUGACCCUGAUAGUCACGCUGAUCUCAACUGCCUUGUCGAUCAUUACUUCGAUGUUCUUCACAUUUGCCCUAAAAGAAGCUCUUCGGCACCACCUCUCAGGGCCCAUUACACUGUUCAGGCUUCGCACCGCAAUAGCGCUCAGUAGGCCGACUUGGGUAUUGCGAUGGAGAUCACCGAAGCUGUCGGCCCUGACAUUCGCAGUUUAUGCAGUAGUCACAUUUCUAGACACAAGUUGGAGCACUUUACUCCUGCCUACCCUUGUUCAAUGGCCUGUACCGAUGUCCGGAACAGAACUGGACCUGGGAUCCGUUGUAUUUGCGAACCAGUUGAGCUCGGACCUCGCUACUAAUCAAAGCAAUAGCGUACAAGCACCUGCGUUUCAAACUAUCAAUGUCUUGACUCUCCUCAGUGGUAUUGCUGCUGUUGGCGUUGAAGGAGGUGUACAAACGAGCAGUAUUUUCAGCUUCAACGGAGUUUCGUACAAUCAGUCGACUGGUGGAGUUCUCCCUGCGAUAGCGGAGUACUCUGGAUCGUCAAACCCGACUUCCGACGUUAAUCUGGCGUUCUCUGGGGGCAAAGUACCAGUCAAUUCUACUUUUAACUGGGGGCGCCACGGGAACUAUUCAGGCACUCGAGGCAUUGGAAAGAACUACACUGUUACACAACAAGGUGUCACAGCAGAUGUUACAUGCCAGCCGAUCGACCGCAGUAAAAAUUCAUUCACUGUCACCCCAGCAGCGACACAAGGAACGUCUGGAAACACGUUCUUGACGUGGGAAGCCGUUGUGAAUUGUUCAGGAAAUCUAAACUCGAUGACCUACUUCACUGCCGGAAACGGGAGUGGCCAGAUGGAUCCUGCAACCACGGGAUUUCUUCCCGUUGUUGUAUGCCCCAGCCCAUCGGACUCGACAUCGUUCAACCCAUAUAAGUUUGAAAUUUUCAUGUCUGGCUUGUACAAGUACAGCUUCCUGCCGACGACCGUUUGCGAGGUCGUUCCCUACCUGACAACAGUCAACGUCGAUUAUAAUGGAGGCAUCGUAUCUGUCAAUCCCGUUGGUACAUCUUCUGGCUUGACAGAGAAUCCAAUUCUUCCUUUAUCGCAGUACAUCGCGACUGUGAUGGAUUAUGAGGCGGGGUCGAACCAAGCCCUGACGAAGAAUACAAUUGGUGACUUCUUGACCGCGUACGGCAACACUAAUGUAACAGAUAUGUACAGCGAACUGGAGGACUACUGGCGUGGUAUUGCAGAGUUCGCCUCUACUCAACUUCGCUCUGGGUACUCCGCUGCGGGAAACCCGUCGUCGGACAUGACAAGAUCAACGAACGGCACGAUGUAUAUCACUACCUACGGCUGGCAUAGCCAAAACCGCACAUUUAUCCUUCUGCUUGUAGUGAUCACCAUGAUCUGGGGAACCACUGUGUUGGCAGCCGUGUACAGCCUCAUCCAAGAAAGAUACCAUCCCUCCGAUCCAUCUUUCGACUUCUCUGACCCCGUUCAUCUCAUCAUGGCCGCGUCUGGCGGAGGACUCGAAGGACAACUUCGUAAUAUGAAUUUGAACCAGGAAGACAGAAGCGAGGACAUCCCAGUUCGGUUUGUUGUGGAUGAAAAGGACGGAAAGAGGAGGAAACUAGUCAGUGUGUCAUGAUAUGAUGAUCUUCGGAGCCCCUGUCACAGAUUGCGGUCCCUUGAUAUUGUUUGUAGCGAUUGAAUUACUAGACGUGUUGUAUCCGGGCUA